UCUUCGGCUUAACCGGGGCCGGGUCGUGGGGGCAGCAGUCUAAGCAGGGAUGCCCAGACUUCCCUCUCCCUAGACACUUCCUCCAGUUCUUCUGGUGGGAAACCGAUGCGUUCCCAGGCCAGCCGGGAGACAUAGUCCCUCCAGCGUGUCCUUGGUCUUCCCAGGGGUCUUCUCCCGGUGGGACAUGCCCAGAACACAUUCCCGGGAAGGCGUCCAGGGGGCAUCCGGAAAAGAUGCCAGAGCCACCUCAGCUGGCCCCUCUCGAUGUGGAGGAGCAGCGGAUCUAAUCUGAGCUCCUCCCGAGUGACCGAGCUUCUCACCCUAUCUCUAAGGGAUCGCCCGGCUACCCUGCAGUGAAAGCUCAUUUCGGCCGCCUGUAUCCGGGAUCUUGUCCUUUCGGUCAUGAUCCACAGCUCAUGACCAUAGGUGAGGGUAGGAACGUAGAUUGACCGGUAAAUCGAGAGCUUCGCCUUGCGGCUCAGCUCCUUCUUCACCACGACAGACCGGUACAGCGACCGCAUUACUGCAGAAGCUGCCCCGAUCCGUCUGUCAAUCUCCCGUUCCAUCCUUCCCUCACUCGUGAACAAGACCCCCAGAUACUGAGAACCAUGGCCUCAGAUUUGGAGGUGCUGAUUCUCAUCCCAGCCGCUUCACACUCAGCUGCAAACCGUCCCAGUGCAUACUGGAGGUCCUGGUCUGAUGGGGCCAGCAUGACGACAUCAUCCGCAAAGAGCAGAGAUGAAAUCGUGUGGUCCUCAAACCCGGAGACAAAUGGUUGCCCUGCCGGAGUCCAACAUGCACCAGAAUAAGUCUGAUUUACUGCCGGCAAUGCGAACCAAGCUCCUGCUCCGGUCAUACAGGGACUGGAUGGCCCUUAGCAAAGGGUCCCGAAUCCCAUACUCCCGGAGCACCCUCCACAAGAUGCCGCGAGGGACACAGUCGAAUGCCUUCUCCAAAUCCACAAAACACAUGUGGAUUGGUUGGGCAAACUCCCAUGAACCCUCCAGCACCCUGGAGAGGGUACAGAGCUGGUCCAGUGUUCCACGACCGGGACAGAAACCACACUGUUCCUCCUGAAUCCGAGGUUCUACCAUAGGCCGGAUUCUCCUCUCGUGUACCCUAGGACGCAUUCAAAGGCUAAACCAUGUGGUGCACGAGAAUGCGCUUUUGGUAUGUUGUCGCACGCCCCUCGCAUACACAGUAAGCGAAAAAAACGGCUUCCUACGGCUUUCCUACGAAAAACCUGCAUGCAGUUUAUGCGCAUUCAUAUUUUUGUGGCUUUUGUGGAAAUUUGGGCAAAAACCAGAUGCUGUUAAAAGAGAAAAGUGAGAUAGCAAAAACAUAUUCUGUCAUGUGUUGUCAUGUGACAUGUUCAUGUCAUUCUGCUGUAGGCUUUACGUACAUACGAGAUCAUUUUGACCUCUGACCUCUGCACACAGCAAUAGGUUUGUGGUUUUUGCAUGUAUUGAAUGCAUUGUAGACAAAUGAACCACAGUGAUUAUUGAAUUAAUCUUUAUUCAUUAAUAAUAUCUUUUUAUUGAGUAUAUUUAGUCUGCAAUUGAUUCAUUUUGCAUCCAUUGGCUGUAAUAGUCCACAUGCGGCAUGGAAAAUCCGCAUAGUCCAGAAAUGUCGUAGGUGAGCAAUCCAUAAACUGCAUGGAAAUUGCGCGUAAUCCACAAACUUCGGAGGUGAGCGACUCCCUUCUUUCCAAUGCCCGGGGCAUAAAAAAAACCCUAAUUCCCACUUCUCUUUUCCCCCAUUUCUUCAACAUACCGAUCGACACGUGUACCAUUUGCAAGCGGGAUUACGCCCAGCUGAGCCAACACCUCUGGGUGUCGCAUGGGGUCAAAAACAUGGAAGAGUGGAGGCUGCUCCUGGCACUGCAGUCCGGCAGGGUCAGGGCUGCAAUAAAGAGUCGGCAAGGCUGGACCGGCAUCUGAAGGCCCACACUGAGCUUACGGUGGCAACGCGCAGGCAGCACGUUAGUUAGAUGAAGAGGCUUCUUUGUCUAAAGCAAUUGGCUGCACUGCGGGCCUCAGACCUGCAGGUGCCAAUGGUGUCGACGCUGGACUUCAUGGAAGAGGAGGAGGGAGAGGUUGCUCUGGACCAAGCAGAAGAGUAGGGUUCGGAGGAGCAGGAAGAGACAGAGGAGAGUGGGUGUCCAAAAAGAGCUUGCGUCAUGGCGAGGGAAACCGUGGCCCAGCUCAACUCCCAGGUGGACACCGUCACGUCCACCCUGAAGGAGCUUUCCAGGCUCUUCUGCAUUAUGCAACGCCGCUCACACCGAAGGCCUUCGGACUUCAGGCGUCAGGCGAAGCAACUCCUCUCUUCAUUUGCGAUCGAGGAAGACAACGUGGAGGAAGAUGCAGUGCCGCCUCAGCAUUCCUCCUCCAAGGCGUCAACCAGCAAGUCCUCUGCGACGCCUGGGGAGCAUGGGCUUCCCCAGUUACCGGACCACGUCGCGGUCUUGAACACACUGAUGGAGCAAUACAGGGCCCACCAGGAGGGCCCCGACCCCUCCACUAAGCUGCUGGACAAUGUCGCCAGCAAUUGUAUCGCAUCAAGCGAUUUGUUGCGUACAUGGCCCAGGCAGGGGGCAAGCUCCAGACCCUGGACUUCCUCAAUGAUAAGGAGAGGAUGCGAAGGUGGGUAAAGACUCUCAGAACCAUGGCGAUUCGGGAGACAACAAUCAAUCAUUACUUGAAGAACAUAGCACAGUUUAUGGACUAUGUGGCCGCAACACCCCCUCUGAGCUGCCGCCUCUCCAAGAGGGUCUUGUUGUCGAUCAGAAGGGAAGUGAGGAUGAUGCUGCAGUGCAUGAAUCGCCCCGUCACUUUGCACCAAAUGACGGUGAAGCGGGCCAAAGACGGGCAGCUCAUCUCCAAGGCCCUCUUGAAGAAGUGCAGGGAGGAGGCCAGACAGAAAAUUGCCCAAAUUAUCGAUGAGCUGGAAAAUACCAAGGCGCAGAAGACCCAGUUCAGAUUUUAUGGGUAUUUGACAGCGUUCCUGGCCUCGAUCUAUGGUCACCGCUGCGGGGUCUUCCAAAAUAUGACCAUAGAUGAGGUCAGGAACGCGACCAAGACAUCAAAUACUUACCUCAUCAAUGUCAACUUGCACAAGACCAACCAGGCCUUCGGACCGGCAGAAAUUGCGCUCUCCGCAGAGGAGUACAGCUGGUUCGAUCGGUUCCGGGCGAUGAGGAAGGAAUUGGUGGGCGGGGUCGAGGCCAAGCUAGUUUUUUUUUACAUCUAGUACAAAUCCGUGCAAAAAUCUGAACAGCCACUUCCAGGCAGCUUGGAAGGAGAUGGGGCUUCCAAAAUACCCCACAUUCACAGACCUCCGGUCGGCCAUCGCCACUCAUGCCAGGAACAAUGGCACCAUUGAGGACCGAUCAAAACUGUCCCGUUUCAUGUGUCACGACACAAGGACUGCGGACAAGUUCUACGCGUGUAACCUAAAUACCAAGGAGGCAUGGGAGCACAGGCAGCUCUUCGAGAAGGUGCUGGAGGGGCCUGACGUGCCGGACGAGCCCAUCGGCAAGGCCGGCAAGAGGCCUUGCAAGCGAAAGCGAAGUGACAAUGCGUCUCCGCUCACCUCACAGACCACAACUGAGGAUGAAGUGUAGCAGGUCUACCAGGAGUUGGGAGUGUCCUCGGUGGAUUCGGAAGAGAUAGAACUCAUCUGAUUGCGACCCAUCUAAGGCCCAGCCGUCCGUGGCCAAGCCCAUGAGGCAGGCAGCCAUUGUCCUUACGCCUCUGAAAAUUAGAUGGUCCCCGGCAGAGUCACCUUACAAGCUUUCCAAAGAAUACCCCUUCAGCGCCUGAUCCAGUGCCUGUCCUGCUCCAGUGAUCCUUUGCUCCGCACCUGACCCGCGUUUCCCCCGCCCCAGAGUUCCCCGACUACUCCACCCCUACCCAGCUCCAGCUGUUCCCUGUUCUGCCAUCCCCGUUGUUUGUUGUUUUUGUUCCUGACCUUCCCAGCUCCUGCCUCACCUCCCCAAUACCCCUUUAAGGGGUUUUCCUGUAAAUAGUUCCAUUUCAUGUUUUUACUUGUUUGUUAUUGUUUUGAUGUUCCAAUGUGUUUUUUAUUAUGUUCAAUAAAUGUUCCACCUUAUGUUUCAAAUGUC